AUGGGAAGUGACUUACGCGGUCCACGAAUUGGACCAGGCGAAUCAUUGGCUAUUGCGGAUGCGUUCAGUGGCUCCAGUGUUGUUGUUUCGGCUGUGCAGAAAUCCCGCCGCCGCAAGUCGCCUGAUGUGACUACGGCAAAAGACGCAAAGGCCAGCAGCAAGUCUAGCGAAUCGGUGGCUAUUGCGAAUGCGUUUAGUGGCUCCAAUGUUGUUGAUCUGGAUAUCCGGACUGCUCGUAGCCCCAAUUCGCAUGAUAUGGGCAUGAGAAAGGACGCAAGGACUCACAGCAACACUAGCCAAUCCAUGGCUAUUGCGAAUGCGUUCAGUGGAUUCAGUGUGGAAGAGAUGGAUGAACUGGUUGCUCGUGUAGCCAGAUCGCCAAAGGAAGCAAGAAGCCCCACCAAGUUUAGCGAACCCCUGGCUAUUGCGCAUGCGUUCAGUACCUUCACUCCCGUCGAUCUGGACGUGCAGAAUGCUCGCAGCAAGAAGUCGUCCGAUAUGCUGACGGCGAAAGAAGCAGGGUCUUUUAACGAUCUUACUGAGCAACCAGUAGAUACAAGUGGAUAUGACCCACUCAUGGAGGAGGAGGAUGAUGUGCUGAUGGCAAUAGAAGCCCCUACCAGGCUGCCUUCUGGAGGAGCAUCGGUUGGACAAACUCAAAGAAGCAGAUUCAACAGUGAUUUCAAUAUGAAUGUGGUGCGUCAGUCUUUUUACCGGUGA